AUGAACUUUCUUCCGCUCUUCGCAACCACGAUUCUGGCCUCAUGCGUUAUUCUGGUUGUAUCUGCAAUUCCUCAGCAUGCAUUCUUCCCUCGAAGCUUUUCUCAUGAGUUUUGCCCCACCAAUCCAGAUGAUGCUUCAAAGUGCAACUUGCGCCUCACCGUAACGGUCUACGAUACUAAUAAAGGUAUGGUGGAUCUCAAAAUCACGGGUCCUAAAGGUUGUCCUGAUUGCGGCGUCUACACCAGUAGCAACGGUAUUCCAUGGGCAGCUAUGGGUAACAAGCCUCGAUGCUUUUACGACAAGGGAACUUGGGACCUUACCGUAGGUAGAGACAGUCAAGUCCCAGAUGUUGUCACUUGGGGUGGUGUGAAAUAUCCUGUCAACAAGGUUGAUAGAGGAAAUAUGAAUAGCGGGGCAACUCGAAUUACAACUUACAAUAUGCCGUUCAAGUGCACAUUGUGA